AUGCCACGCAACGAUGGUGCGCCGGCUCUGAACGGGGCGCCGCCCUUCAACAGAUCAGGCUCCCAUGUGUACGGCGGGCACAGCAGCUAUGGAAACACCAGACCCAAUCACAACAAUGGGGCCCACAGCAGACAGCACCACAGCGCACAAAACAACUAUAGAAGCCUGCACGGCGUCAGCCACCAGAGCGGGCCUAGACCCUUUAACCAAAAGCGGCCCGCGGAUGCCUAUCAUCUGGCGUAUCAGCAAACCCAGGUAGAGUGCCAGCUCUGGAUGGGGGACCUAGAUCCGAGAUGGACAGAAAACGAUAUCAUGGGUAUAUGGACCGAGGUGGGUGAGGCGCCCUCCAGCGUCAAGAUAAUGAGGGACAAACAGGGCAAGCCCCAGUACAGCUUCGUCACUUUCGAGAAUCUGGAGGCUGUCGCCAGCGCCUUGCAGAAGAACCGCUCCCAAGUCCCGGGCUCGCCGAGGUUUUUCAAGUUGAACUGGGCAUCCGGCAGCUCGCAUGGCGACCUUAGAGCCCCUCCAAAUCGAGCCAAAAACAGCCUGGAUGUGGGCAGGGGCCACUCUGACUACUCGCUAUUCGUUGGAGACUUGGCCACGGAGGUCACCGAGCCUGAGCUCUUUGCCAGAUUCAGCCAAGACUAUCCCGGUGAGGUGAAGCAAGUCAAAAUCAUGCUGGACCCCAACACCGGCGCCUCGAAGGGGUUUGGAUUUGUUCGGUUUCUUUCUGUGGACGCUCAGCAAAAAGCUUUGAAAACAAUGAACGGAGUUGUGCUUGGCCAAAGGCCUAUUCGCCUCGGGCUUGCGAAUGGAGGCUCGCUGGAUCCCUCCACAUCCGGGGCAAAGAAAACAAGCGAAUCCGUGCCGGUUACUGCUCACAUUGCUCAAGCCCAGCCCGCGUUGUCGCCAUUCACAGACCCUUAUAACACCGCUUUGACUAUAAAAGGCGUUAUAUCUGCAAUCACUCGUGACGAACUUGUGGCUCAUUUCCUACCGUUCGGUCAUAUGAUCUACUGCGAGAUUGACUACAACAGCAACGUUGCGUACAUCAAAUAUCUACUUCGUACUUCUGCUGAGAGAGCCCUUCUAUUCAUGCAUGGUAUGGUAGUGAAUGGUUCGCGCUUGGUGUUAAGAUGGGGCCGCAGUAAAAUAAGCACAGAAGGGAUUACUAGAUCCACUCCAAGUCCUAAGGGCGGUGUCUACACAGCUGCAGAAAAGCCGCCCACUAUCUAUCACCCGUUGUCUUCACACGUGGUAUUUGAGGAUCUUGACCGGGAGCAAAUUGAUGAGCUCAAUUUUUUUGCAGAUCUGCAGUUGAUGUCCGUCAAAGACCUCAAUGAUGCUGAUAUAAAGCGAUUGCAAGAACGAGAAAAAUAUCUAGAUAAUGCAUUUUAA